AUGAAGAUCUCAAGUCAAAUUCUUCUUGGGAGUGCCUCGGUAUCCCUGGUCUCCUCUGCAACGCGGAAUCAAUACCUUCAAUGCGACGAAGAGCAUCCGGGCAUCCCUAUGCCAGGGCCACCUGCCCCAAAACCAGAGCCCAUCUCCAUUAUCCAGCUGCCGCUACCGCCAGUGACACAGUCAAACGCCGCGGGUGCCUGCUCGGCAGCCGUAAACCCGCGUGGGACAGGUUGCAUCGGCGUCUCAACCGGCCUGCAGUCCGGCGACUUUCUCCCCGACGGCAAGCACGUUGUAGCCACUGUGCUCUUCGCCGGCGCCCCGGCCGCGCCGCACCCGGCUAGCAUCUACGCCGGCCAGCAGAUCAUCCUCGUCAAGACCGACAACACCACGUUCCCCAACGGCGACCCCUGGAAAUGUAUCACGUGCGGUGUGCCCGAUGCCAACGCCCCCGGCGGACGCAGCACGCAGUGGGACUACCCGCAAGCGUUCCGGGAUGGCCAGAGGCUCCUGGCAGGGACUGAAAUCGUUUCGUGUGGCGACAACCUCCUGACAAGCGAGGCGUGCACACCGGAGUCGACCUUCAUCUAUCCGAUCCGCUGGGCGACGAGCGCCGCCGGCAAUGACACGGGUCCCGGCGGAAGCAUGCGGGAGCUGCGCCUGCACCCGGACAACGUGCACCUGGGCUUCAACUCGUUCGCGACGAGCGCCGACGGCCGGCUGGCGCAGUUCGGCUACUUUGCGCGGCUCAGCUACAACGCAGCACCGACGAGCGGCACGCCCCUGGCGCCGCGUUACGAUCUCAUCCGCGUGAACCGGCUUUACGACCCGCACGGCACGCCGCCCAUCUCCUGGGACACCGACGCCGGCACGCUGGCGCUGCACCCGGAGGCCGUGACGGUGGGGGAGCUCCGCGGGUUCAGCGGCUCCGGCCGCGAGGUCACGUACAUCGGAUCGCCGGACGACGGCUGGACGGUGCCGUGGCUGCUCGACGCGCAUGGCGACCGCGGCUGCUACUUCGGCCAGCAGGUCAACGGCGUGGCCGGCCGCGCCGCCGGCAUCCCCGGCAGUGGAGACGUCGACGACCCGGAGUGGAACGGGCAGGCGGACCCGCGCUUCUCGCCCGACGGGACGCAGAUCGUGUACUGGCAGGCGUUGGCGGUGGCGCCGGCAUGCGGCGGCGCGAACCCCCUGCCGUGCUAUGCGUCCAGGGAGCCUGGAGGCCGGACGGAACGCAUGAUGCUGGCGACACUGACAAGUCGCACGCCUCUUGCAACGAACGGCUCCCUGACUGAGGAAGCACCUGAUAUCAUUCCAUGGGCUACAGCCUACGUACCCGGUGAGACGGUGCCGGCGAUCACAGGUAACUAUCCACCCGAGGGCACUUACACCCUGAAGGGCGCGGUCAGCGGCUCAGCGGAGGUGGAGAUAGUAGAGAAUAUGGACAAGACGGGCGUGAAAAGCGUUGCUGUCACGUACCACGAGUUCUCGGACGACGGCGUCAACUUCCUGCGUGGGACUGAGAAUGUCACAGCGUCGUCGCCCACGCUCACCCUCAACAAGCUCGAAUGGUUCUCCGAUCUCGAGCGUGUUGGGCCUACGUCUCGCGGCACCAAGGUCACCAGCCCGGAAGGCUUCCAUCUUGAGAUAGAUGCCCUGACGAACAUAUUCAACGCCAAUGGGACCAUGACUACGACGAUCGAUGGCGUUGUGUACAAGCAGCCCCUGAAUGGUGCUUAA